CCGAUUCACGAAUUCGACGUGCCGGCUUUCGACUGGCUUGUGGCUCCUUUCCCGCAGUUCCAGUACCCCCUCGACCAAUUUGCAACUGAGAAUGCUGCUGAGGAGAAGAGGUGCCUCGAGGAAACGGAGCUUGUGCUCGACGAGGCUAACGACACCGUCGCGGCAGUGGUCAUUGAACCUGUGCAAGCCGGGGGCAGCGACAAUCAUGCGUCCCCUGCCUUCCUCCGCGGUCUUCGUGCGCUUACCAAGCGCAAGAGCGUGUUAACGAUCGCCGAUGAAUUUCAAACAGGAGUAGGUGCAACUGGCAAGUUCUGGGCCCACGAGCACUGGAAUCUCCCGUCUCCGCCAGACACGGUCACCUUCUCGAAGACGGCGCAGGCGGCGGAUUUCUCUUCAGCGACGCUGGUCUACGGCCUGACAAGCCGAACCGGCAGCUCAAAUACUUGGGUAGGCGAUCUCGUGCGUGCGCUACUGUUCAAAGCGAUUCAUGGAGAGAUUGAGAAGCACGGGUUGGUUGAGCAAACGGCGCGGAUCGGCAGUCACCUGUACCGAGAGCUGGAGGCGCUGGCGGACAAGUACCCGCAAAACGUAUUGAACCCUCGUGGCAAGGAUCGCGGGACGUUUAUUGCGUGGGACUGUCCGCGAAGGGAGGAGGUUUUGGGCCAGGCCAAAUCGAAGGGGGUGAACAUGGGUGGCAGCGGAGAUGCUGCAAUCCGAUCACGGCCGAUGUUGGUGUUUGAGAGGCAUCAUGCCGACAUUUUCCUCGACGUCUUGGAAGGGGUAUUCAAGCGGCUAUCGUAG